ACAGGGUUUCUCUGUGUAGCUUUGCGCCUUUCCUGGAUCUCACUCUGUACACCAGGCUGGCCUCGAACUCACAAAGAGUGCUGGUAUUAACAGCGUUCGCCACCACCACCCGUCUGUGGGAGAUGGAAGUUUGACAAAUAGAUCAGGCCAGGCCCCUGGGUCAGUGACUAGAAGGCAACUUUAAGCCUAAACACUAAUGAACCCAGGAGGAAGCAGGCAACCACUUGGAGGCCAAGUAGCACCAGCCGUUAACACAAAAGUGAAUUGGUACUGAUUAAAAGACAAGGUGAAUUAGUUCGUGCACUGGCAUGUGAGAGGAUAAACUAGCUCAUAUGCUGGGCUGGGAAGUGUGCUGGCUCUGGCUAUGAAUAACGACUGCCACCACCAUAGGCGAAAGGUGACUUCAACACAACAGCUACAUCGUAUGAUCUGGACAUUGAACACCAUGGUGGAGCCUAUGCUUGGGCAUCUGUCUGUCCAGUCCCUUGGCCACUGUUCCCGACUCAUGCUUGGGUGCAUUCUGCACAUGUGUACCCCAUUGCUGAGGUCUUUCUGGGGAGCCCAGUGAGUGACAGCCAUAUUGAAGACACGGAUAAGGGAGACAGGCAAUGUCUAGGGGAAAAGGGGAGAUUUUUUUUCUGCGAUCCACAGGGUGAUGUCACAGGUGGCUGGCUGGAGGCUUGUGUCCAUGGCCCUAGCUGCCCCACCUCCCGAUGCACCUCUGCUGGCUGAGGGUGACACAACCCUGUCUGUCCCCUGUCACUGUUCCCGCUUAUCUCUCCCGCCUGUUCGGCGCCACUGUCUUCUUGGAAAUGAGUCAGGGCAAAGGGGAGGGGGUUCAGGUGUCCCCUCCUCCAACCGGUCCCAUAAAAAGGACGGAGACUGGGUCCUAGACACCACGCAAAUCCUCGGACUGCACAGCAGAACAGAAGGCAUGAUGGUACAGAGCACCAAGAUCCAGGCUGCCUGUCUCCUGCUUCUCCUCAUCACCAGCCUGACCAGCAGCACCCUUCUCCAGCAGCUGGUGAGCACCCUAGGCCUGCCACAGUGGGAGAGCCAUCCCCAGGAGGCAGGGGCUCCUCCACAGUCCCGAAGUUCCUGGGAAAGGAACAAGCUGGCAAAAACACGUCAGAAGAAUGCUGGAGACCCCACAGUACUCAAGUACCCUCUCUACUUCCACAGAGGCAGCUCACCUCUCUUCUCUUCCACACAGUCCCUGAUUCCAAAUCGAAAGAAGCGAGACAGCAACUUCUCAAUCUGCCUUUUCUGUUGUGGAUGCUGUAAGAACAAUCAACAAUGUGGCUUCUGUUGCAAAACAUAGAGCCGUGUGCCCCAAUCUCUCAACACCCCCAGCCUCCCCACAGCCCCCCAUUUAUUUAUAAGCUUGAAAUAAAGGUGAUGAUUUUACUUUUAAA